AUGUACAAUGCAUCAUUGAAUAGACCCAUAAAUCAUGCAACCCAAGCCUACCUGAUCCAUUUGGAAAUUAGGUUUUGGGCAGUAGUUGUUGUUGGUUCCAAAGGUUCUGGUGUGAUAAUGUCGAGCGGCACAUACCUUCCCGAAGAGAUCCUGGUCGACAUACUCUCUCGACUGCCGGUGAAGUCUCUCUGCCGAUUCAAGUGCGUAUCGAUCCCAUGGCAUAGUUUAAUCACAGACCCUCGUUUUGUCAAAACACACCUCAAUCGAAACAACAGAUGUGAGAAGAUCAUCGUCAACAGUGACUCUCUUUACUCCGUCGACUGCACUGAAGCAUCCAAUAACCAUGACGUCACUGCAACCAAGCUCGACAUGCCAUCGAAUAUUCAUUGUACGUACAUCCUGGGUUCUUGCAACGGCUUGAUUUUAGUUGCCGAUAAGGAUCAACUACCCAAGUUUCUAUUGAACCCAUCCACUAGAGAAUUCAAGGAAUUACCCAAAUUUUCUAUUGAACCCAUCCACUAUAGAUUCAGAAUGUAUGGUUUUGGGUACGAUUCAUCUACAGAUGAAUACAAGGUGGUGCUUGUUUGGUUUUCCUGGUGUUGUUCGUAUACACAUAUAAGUUUCUAUACAUGGAGAACGGAUUCCUGGGCCUUCAGGUAUGUUCAUGAUUUCCCCUAUGAACCUAGAGUGUUAUUCUCGGUUGGUGUUCAUGUAAAUGGUUCGUUACAUUGGUUAGCUGAUAAAUGUUCGAAAGAUUCUCCAUCUGUCAAAUUGUAUGUUAUUUGUGCAUUCGAUUUAACAAGGGAGGAAUUCCGGGAUCUAGUGGUACCAUGUCCUUCUCACGAGCCAAGUGGUUUGGGGGUUCUUGGAGGGUGUCUUGCUAUGCUUGUAUGUGACGUUGGCCAUACUAACGUUUGGGUGAUGAAGGAGUAUGGGGUGACUGAUACUUGGACCAAAUUUUUAACAAUCAAUUUGCGGUCAUAUUGUCGAAAAAACGAUUUCAUUUCUAUGGUGGAUGGUGUAGUUCUGCUGGAUACAAAUGGCAUGGAAUUGGUUGCAUACAAUUCUGAGGAAGGGGAAUCAAGGUAUGUAAGUGUGCAUGGCAUUCCGCUGAUUAAGCAUAGAGCAAAGAAGACCUAUGUGGAGAGCCUUAUCUCGCCCCAUUACGAACGUUAUAAAGGCAUUGAAAACUCAAGAAAGAGGUAA